AUGGUAGAAUCCAGACAUUCAAGGGAGUUGGAGUUCAACGAACGUUACUACGUUUGUCGUGGUAGUGAAGGGUUUUAUGCUAACUUCAGUAUCAUAGCAAAGUACAACAAGUCGAUUUCUAAACAAUUACUUUCCAACGCAUUAAAAGGAUUCAUAAGAAAGAAUACUUGGUUAGCAUUGAAUUUCAUCAAGACUGAUAAUAAUGUGAUUGAUCGUCAAGUUGCCUACAAAAAUUGGAAUAGGACAUUUAUGAAUAGAAUAAAGUUUGAUGAUGCUGUCAGCUAUCGCAACAUUGAUCAUUUUGACGAUUCAAUUAUUGAAUACAUGAAUGAUAUAGUUGUCUCCAAUUACCAACCACAUAUCCCCUUAUGGCAACUUGUUGUUUUUGAAACAGCAAACGGCGACCAAUAUAUCGGAGCUGCGUUUGACCAUUCCCUGUUUGAUGGUUUGUCGGGAGUUGAAUUUCACAAAGAUUUGAUUAAAGAGUUGGAUAAUGCUCAAGAAGAUGAAUUCCAGGAUGUUAUUUUCGAUUAUAAAAGGGAUUACGAGUAUUUGCCAGCUACUAUUCAACCUCCAGUUGAAACGCUUACAGAUUUAUUCAUACCAUCAGUCUGGGAUUACAUUAAAUUUUAUGUUAGCAAAUACGCUAGUACUUUGAGUAAGUUUAUUUCGUAUCUAUAUCAGUCGGUUACUAUAUCUAAGCCUUUGAAACCAAACUUCGGUAUUAAUCCACUUUAUUCUUGGAAACCACUUGAAAAGGAUCUCAAAUCCAAAUUUAAAUAUUUUACUUUUUCACCUGAACAAAUUAAUAAAAUUCUGAAAUAUACCAAGGCGAAAGGAAUAACAGUUACUCCAUAUUUACACACCAUUGCAUUAAAGUGCUUGCAAGAUACUGUAUUCAAGCAUAUUGAUCCUACCACCCAAUUUUCGACUUUGACUGGAAUUGCAGUUAAUGGUAGACGCUAUUAUUCCGAAGAUAUCAAAAACUUUAAGUAUGGUUCAAUGGUAUGUGGUGAUCCGAUUUAUAUGGCUCCCAUUGUUGGGGAUGACUUAUUACCUUAUAUGAAAUAUUCGUUUGAAACUAUGCAAGAGCAUCUUUCCACCAAGGAAUCAUUCAAGCCAAUUGGAUUUUAUAAUAUUAUCGACUGUUUCAAUUUCUUCAACGAUAGAAUUGGACAAAAAGUCAAGCAGACUCUUGGAGUUUCAAAUCUCGGUAGAGUUACCACUGACGCAAACUGCUCAUUCGAUAUCGAAGAGGUUUAUUUUGGACUGAAUACAGCAUUGACCUAUCACUUUCUUAUAAAUGCGGUAACGACUGCUAAGGGAUUGAUCGUUGUGUUUCCAUAUGCUCCCGAAUAUGACGAGAUUUAUCAAGAUGAAAAGAAAGUAAUCGAUAUUUUUGCUGAUAAAUUUUAUAGAACCAUUUUAGAUUACGCCAGUUAA